GUAAUUAGUUUUCAGUGUAACACUAUGAAGCAAUUAAAUUAGUCUCAGGGUUACAUUAAAACAAAGGGAAACUUUAUUAUUAUAUAUAAUAUAUAUUUUUUUAUUAUUUAUUUUCUCCACUGUGAUGCCUAGACACAGAGUCAGCAGCAACACUGCAGGAAAAAAGAAAAGAAUUGCAACCACGCAGCCAAACCCAGUAGAACAAGGGGAAAAUGAGUGGAAGGGAGGAAACCUUGUAUUUGUGUUUCUGUUCUGUUUAAAUAUGUAUUGUAGAGCUGCGCCAGAAUACUCUUUGAUUAAAAAAAGAAAAAACACACUAGACUGUAAAACAAUCGCAAAACUGUUUAGAUUUAAAUGUUACAGAAGUAAAAUUGCUGUAAUUUAUGCAGAAUCACAAAGUGGCAUAAACCAUAAAGCACUCCUAUCCAUAUUUAUUUGCAAAAGGAAAACACACCAUUAAGAGUUGCUACCGUCAGGCCCUCUGUAGAGUUUAUGUUGGAAUUUGUCGGCAGAACGGAGACUUGGAAAGAGCCCGCCUUUUUUCAUACAGUAUUCUUAAAGAAGAUUUUCCAGAGUCUGACAAGCUCACUUUAUUUGCUGCAAGUACUUGGCACAAUGUGUUCUCCUUGCCAGGGCUAAUUAAUAAGGCAAUGCAGGCUGUAACCAGGCAACGAGCUAAAGGACAAGUUCUGAAGUGUCUCAGUGCCUAUCUGGGCUGGGAGAAGAACCCUCCCUGUGAUGUAGCAAAGUUGGUUACUGGUACACUUGUUUCUCUAAAAACAGGCGUCUGUAUGAAAUUCCAGCCUCAUGACAAAUGUGGAGAGGACCUGUGCCCUGUUGUGUGGGAGCAUAUUUUUGCAACAUUACUUUUGUGUUCCCAGCUUCAGUGGAAGUGGACACAUGACCAUUUAAUAUGCAAGGAGCUUUGGCCAAUAAUGAACAAAUGGGUUUUUAUGGCAGAUAUUACAGUAGCCGCUGUCCUGCGGCUGAUAGGGCAUCUAGGACAGCUGGGACUGAAGAAAAGAUAUGUUGAUUCUGUGAAAAAUGUUGCAACAGUCAUCAACAUGUUUGGCAGACAUGCUAAUGCAGAAGAUGUUCCCUGGGGUGUACAGUUGGCAACAGUGUACGCUAUUUGUGAUCUGGCACCAAGCAAUCCAAAGGAAGCCAUGGAAUCACUCACAGCUUGGAGAUCGGAAACCACCAGAACUGUCCCCCCUGCAGUUACCAGCUGUAUAACACAAAUGGGCUCCAUGUGCCGUCAAAUAAGUUGAGAAUAAUUAUGUUCUUGCAAUGGAUUAAUACAAUGAAGGGUCAAGGCAUCGAUGAGUCUGACAGGCUUUCAAAUUUUGUGUUACACACAUUUUAUGGACAAGGUGAAAGGCCAAAGGGUUGGGACAAGAUUGUUAUCUUGGUUUUACUGUGUUUCUUAGGAAUCUUAACAGUGUGUGAACUGAGGGCUUAACCCAUAGAAUGUUUCAGAAGUAUUCUGCCUUAUAAAAUCAUUAUCAAAUCUUUGUAGAAUUUCUGUUGUCAAGGAACAAACAGAAUUGAAAAACUCAAUAGAAUUUUUACUGGGGAUAUACUUUCUCCAAGUCUCAAGAGCCUUUCUUUAGAUGUAUUUAAGUUGAAAAUGGUUUUUUAUUUAUUAGGAUAAAUUCUGUUGACACUUUCUUUUUAUAUGACUAUUUCUCAGAAGCCAUAUUGGAAAUUGAUACAAAGAGUACCUCUUCAUUUGUAUAGUCAUGCAUUCCACUUUUGUAAUAUACAUUUGUACAGAAAUGAUUGUGCUAAAAUCUAACAAAUUAAGUUUUCAGUAGGACAGUAACGUUUGUUUGUUUGUUUUUGCGAUGGUCCCUGCUAUAUAUUGUAAAUAUAGGCUCUAUAUAUGUUAAUGUC